AAGGAAGAGAGAGAAACAACCGAACAACCGCUUUGUGUCUUUGCGCUCUCUCUCACUUUCUAUAUAUAUUUUAUGCAUAACAUGACCCUUUUUGACAUAGCUCAACAACAACACAGAAAAGAAGAAUUUUGAUAGAAGAAGACAGAGGGCAGAGCUGCAGCCAAGAAAACCCAUGGCUGAAUCCGUUUCAGUAGACAUGGAGGUGCUCCUUCUAGCCAGAAAGGAACAUCAUAUUCGAACGGGCUGUGGUUCUGUAUCUGUUAUAGUAUGUGGCGAUCAAAACAAACCACCUCUGAUCACUUACCCUGAUGUAGCAUUAAAUUAUCUGUCUUGUUUCCAAGGAUUAUUUUUCUGUCCAGAGGCCGCUUCUUUGCUUCUUCAUAACUUCUGUAUAUAUCAUAUCUGUCCUCCUGGGCAUGAGUUGGGAGCAGCUGCAGUUUGUCCCGAUGAUCCAAUCCCUUCUGCUGAAGACUUAGCAAAUCAAAUAAUUGAGGUUCUCAACUAUUUUCGGCUUGGUGCAGUGAUGUGUAUGGGAGCAUCAGCUGGUGCUUACAUUCUUUCACUAUUCGCUACAAAAUAUAGGGAGCGUGUUGUUGGUUUAAUACUUGUAUCUCCCUUGUGCAAAGCUCCUUCUUGGACUGAAUGGUUUUAUAAUAAGAUGAUGUCAAAUUUGCUAUAUUUCUACGGUGUGUGUGGCGUGUUGAAAGAGUGUCUGCUCCAGCGCUACUUCAGCAAGGAAGUUCGUGGUGAUGCUGAAUUUCCAGAAUCAGAGAUAGUUCAAGCAUGCAGAAAACUCCUAGAUGAGAGAAAGAGCAUCAAUAUCUUUCGGUUUCUUCAGGCUAUCAAUGAGAGACCUGAUAUAACGGAAGGAUUGAAGAGACUAAAAUGUCGUACACUUAUUUUUGUUGGGGACAGCUCUCCUUUCCAUUCAGAGGCUAUUCAUAUGACUUCAAAACUUGAUAGGAGAUACACUGCCUUGGUCGAGGUCCAGGGUUGUGGAUCAAUGGUUACAGAGGAACAACCAUAUGCAAUGCUGGUCCCUAUGGAGAACUUUCUAAAGGGAUAUGGGAUGUAUAGGCCAAGCUAUCUCAGUGGCAGCCCAAAGAGCCCGCUCAGUCCAUCUUGCAUCUCUCCUGAACUACUUUCCCCAGAGAGCAUGGGAUUGAAACUGAAACCUAUAAAGACACGUGUUUAACUGCAAGUUUGACCAGGAGGAGCAAGCACACAUUUUUCUUCAUAGCAGUCUUUCUUCUUCUAUUGAUUUUUCUGAUUUUUUUAUUGUUUGAGACAAAUAGAGAGGAGAUGGCGGAUUGUAGAUAUAGAAAGGGAAAUUCAGAAUCCGUGGGAGGCUAUGAAUAUGAAUAUAUAUACAUAUACAUAUAUAUAUAUAUAUAUGUAUAUAUAUAGGUAUAAUAAUAACAAUAACAUAUGUAUGUGUGUGGGUGCAUCCCAUUUGUAGGCAGUCAUAAAGGAAUCAGGGAGCUGUAUAUGAUGUACAUUCCAUACGGACUCCAGAUUUAUUUAUGAAGAUGAGCAAUUAAUAAUACAUAGAGGCUCUUUCAUUUUUAA